AUGGAUAUUAGAGAAAAAAGAUGUAAUGAGCAUAAUAAAACUCAUAAAUACAUAUGUUUGUUAUGUAUGAAGUUUAUGUGUCCAAUAUGUAUUUUCGCUCAUGGGGCUGAGCAACCAACUCAUACAAAUAACGUUCAACCCAUCGAAUCAGUAGCACCGGAAAUCAAACAGAGUAUCUAUGAUCUUGAUAACCAAGCAUCUGGUAUACCAAAGGUCGAAAGUGAUUACAACAGUUAUUCUUCAUUCAUACAAUCAAAGAGAGAAUCAACUUGGAAAGCGAUCAAAUCAUCGACAACCAAAUUCAAGGAGCUGUUGGAUAGAGAGAAUAGGAUGUUACAGAAUUUCAAAGAGUUACAAGAGUAUCUAGCUACUGAGGAAAACAAAUUUAAGCAAUUGAUCGAUAAGGAUAGAGAGAUGAUAGAGAAGCAUAUCAAUGAAAGUUUGAAUGAAUUAAAAGAAUUAAACAUUACGACCAAUAUGAUGGGUAGAAUAUUUAAAAGUCAAAUGAUAGGCAAUUCAACUUUAUUUAAUAGUACACCAACAGCAACAUUAUUAGAACAAAUUGCCAGCUCAUCAGAAAUGAAUUCAUUUAUCAAUGAAAAAGAAAACGAUCAGAUUUUGUUGAACAAUGAUAUCAAAGAAGUAUUACAGGAAAACAAUUUAUCAUCAUCAUCAUCAUCAUCACAAACACUUUCGGAUAUUGUUAGUAAAUACAAUGAUCAAUUCUAUUCGCACAUUCGUAACAAUAAUAAUAAUACUAAAAAUGAUAACAAUAUUAUCAACUCAGAACCACCAAUGCAAUCAUAUAACUUCACAAUCAAACUACCCAGUCCCAAUCCAAUAGAACUACCAAUCUCAAAAAGUAAAUCAUCACAAUCCAUUUUUACAUUCAAGUGUUCAAAACAUGAUGAACCCUUUGAUUUUAUAUGCCAUCUAUGCAAUAAGUUAAUGUGUUCAUUUUGUAAGUCUAAUCAUAUUAUAAACAAACCAGGUCAUUCCGAUCAUUGUGAACAUAUCGAUGAAAUUAAAGCGUCAUUAUAUUAUUUAUUCAAUAAUCCCAUUUUUAUUGAAAGAUUAGACAAAAGUGUCCUUUCAAUAUCUCCUACCACAACAGUAUCACAAUCGAUUUCAUCUCUAUGGGAAACGUUAAAAUCAUCGACAUCAGAAUAUCAAUCAUUAAUAGCAGCAGAGAAUGAGAUAAAACAACACUUUGAACUACUACAUCAACGUUUGGUAAUAGAAGAGCACAGACUAAAGAAAAUAAUCAUCGCUGACCAAGAUACAAUCAUAAAUCAAAUAGAUAAAAAUAUAAAUCAUUUGAAAUUUAUUGUUAAUAUUAUAAAUAUAUAUAAUAAUUUAUUAAAUAAUAAAAAAGAUAAUAAUAUUUAUAAAUUUAAAAAUAAAAAUAUUGAUAGUAUAUAUAAUAGUAAUGAUAAGUAUAGUAAUGAAUCUAUCUUGCUGGUUGGAGAUACAACAGAACAAUAUUCUCCAACAACAAUAAUGAAAUCAAUAUCGUCAUGUUCAUCAUUAAAAUCAUUCAUAGACGAGAAUAUUCAAACUUUAUUCUAUCAGGAUAAAUACAAUAAUUAUUACAAUCCCUAUGAUCAUCUAAAUCUAUUGGAACAAAGCAAUUCAGAUUCAAUAUUAUUGGACUACAUUCAAAGAUUCUACACACACAUCAAAUCUUCACAAUAUAUUGAUUAUUAUAAAUCAUAUAAUCUAUUACUCAAAGAACCAGAUUUCAAUCAAUGGAGAUCAAUGAUCAAACAAUCAAUCAAACUUGAAAAGAUUGGAUCUCCCAUAGAACCAUCGUUAUCAUCAUAUAUUUUCACAACACAUCAAUCAAAAGGAGCAACACUAAUCAACUUAUCAAACAAAAAUACAAUCGAACAAUUAGAAUUGGAUUAUGAUUUUAAUAAUACGGAUUCAUCGAUUGUAUCAAUUGGUGAAUACAUAUAUGUAUUUGGUGGUUUGAGCAAUCCAAUUUGUUAUGAUGGUCAAGAUCAUAUCUAUUUUGUUAAUGGUGCUAAAACAAACAAUAGAAUUGACCGAUUCAACAUCAAGACAAUGCAAUUUGCAAGAUAUCUUGAAUUCUCCGAAAAUGAUAUUUAUUCACAAGACACUUUGGAGAAAACAUUGCAAAGAAAACAAUUACAUGGUCCACAUGCAGCAUCAAUGAUCUUUAAUGGUUCUUUGUAUUCAGUACCUCACAAUAGUAGCAUGAUAAUUCAAUUCGAUUUAACAAGUAGAAAGAUAACAAGGCAUAAAAUCCACAUUUCAACAUACUCAGCAUGUCAUGACAACAAUGGAAAUUUCUUCAUACACGAUCGAGUAAACAAACGAUUCAUCAAAUACAAUGUUAAAAAGAAACAAACAUUCACUCUCAAUACUAUUCCAGCCAAAGAUAGUCAUAUAAAUUCCUCUAGUUCAAUUGGCAAUACACCAUCGCUUCACGGUGGUAGUGGUGUGCUGUUUAUAUUGAAGGAUUCAGAGAUUAUCAUACUGAACCAGCAGCAACCUCAACAACAACAACAGCAACAGCAACAACAAUACUAUAAAGGAACAGAGUCGUUUUUGAAGAAUGUAAAGGCACCGGUGGUUCGUGCUGUGGCCGAAGGUUUGAAGAUUAACAAGGUUGGAAGCAAGGAGUUGAUUAUCGAUAAGAUAUUGGAGACUAUCUUUAACUUUAGACAGUUGAACAGUGCAGAGAAGGAGGAUAGCGAUGGUGGAUCACCGUUAGAGUUGCCUAUAAUAUUGUUGUCGCCACACUCCACACCAGAGACUAUGAUCGAGGAACAAGAGGAAGAGUCAACACCUUCACCACCACUACCAACAACAGCAUCAGCAUAUUCUCAUAUCUUGAAGAAUACUCAAAUGGAUUUUAUUUUUAUUUGUUUAUUUGCAGAUGAGAUGGGAUGGCGUUGGAAAGUUCCAGAACCGGAAGACAGUGUUUCGUCCACGCUGGUGUUUGAUAAGCGAUAUAUAGGUGAAGAUACUGUCGUAAGAUGUGUAGUCGAAUUUGGUUGGUGGUAG